AUGGUUGCGAACAAAAGGCAUUGGACAGAGUUUGAGACUGUUACACUUACUGAGGAGUGCAGUUCUAGAGUGAGGAGUAAAAUUCCUCCAAAGUUGAAAGAUCCGGGCAGCUUCACGAUUUCGAUUACUAUUGGCAACAUGGAAGUUGGGCUAGCAUUGUGUGACUUGGGUGCUAGUAUUAAUCUGACGCCUACUUCUGUGUUCCGAACGCUGGGCUUGGGUGAGCCUAGGCCAAUGACUAUUACGUUGCAGUUGGCUGAUCGAUAUCUUGCUUAUCCUGAUGGUAUUGAGGAUGUUCUUGUGAAGAUAGGCCCGUUUAUCCUGCCGGUUGAUUUUGUAAUACUUGAUUAUGAGGCAGAUAAGAGUGUUCCUCUCAUCAUGGGGAGAGGAUUGUUGGCUACUGUUGAUGCUGUGAUCCGAGUGAGAGAUGGGAAGAUGUCUAUGACAGUUGAUGGACAAGAGACGACUUUUGAUGUGUUUGAAGCUACCAAGAUUCCAGCCCAUUAUGAGGAGCUGAAGAUAAUUACCGUGGCGGAGCCCGAGCUCACUAAUGCAGAAUUAGAUCACUUUUUAGCUUCGCGAGAUCCUUUGGAGACAACUUUAGUGUAUUGGGAAGAAUUGAUGAUUGAUGCAGAAGUCGAGGAGUGUCUUAGCAUCCUUGACACUUCAUGUGCUUAUUUACGAGCAAACACACUAUUUGAGGAGUUAGACAGACCAGAGUCAUGGAAGAAGCCGAAACCAUCUAUUGAAGGGGCUCCAGUUCUUGAGUUGAAGCUAUUACCUCCUCAUCUUCGCUACGCUUUCUUGGGUAGUGGAGACACAUUGUCUGUAAUCCUCUCUACUUAUUUGACUGAUGUGCAGGUUGAACGUGUGUUACGAGUGCUAAGAGAUCUAAUCCGAGCCCUUGGGUGGUCGAUAGUUGAUAUUUGA